CCUGUGCCCUCCAUGAUGGCCCAGCAUCCUACCCAAAGUUUGUUCCUGCCUUGUACGUGAUGCUGCCAAAGUUCUGGCCCUGCUACUUGAUUGUGUUUUAUGAAGAUAAGAACUUUCAGGGUCGCCGGUAUGAGUGCGACAGUGACUGCUCUGAUUUCCACACUUACUUGAGUCGAUCCAACUCAAUCCGUGUGGAAAAUGGCGUCUGGGUGGUAUACGAGCGUCCCAACUUUGCCGGUUAUCAGUACGUGCUGACCCGUGGAGAAUACCCCGAGUACCAGCGCUGGAUGGGGCUCAAUGACAGAUUAAGCUCCUGCAAGAUGAUUCACUUUCCUGCUGGUACUCAGCACAAGAUCCAGCUGUACGACAAGGGGGACUUUAGUGGUCAGGUGUUUGAGACAGCAGAUGACUGUCCAUCAGUCCUGGAGCGGUUCAGAAUUCGGGAAGUGCACUCCUGUAAGGUAGUGGAUGGAGUAUGGGUGUUCUAUGAGCAUCCAAACUACAGAGGGCGCCAAUACCUGCUAGAGAAGGGGGAAUACCGCAAGCCUGUGGACUGGGGUGCUGUGUGCCCAACGGUCCAGUCCUUCAGGCACAUUACUGAGUGAACCCUUGUUAAAAACCAUCAUGAAGGUUAACUGAACAGCUGAAAUAAAAAUCCUUGGCAAGCA